UUCAAUUUCAGGUCAAUAUUCGAGUCUUCGUCUGGAAUGAAAACGAAUAACUUUCUCAUUUUCAAUUCAGCUUCAGAACUGAGAACAUUCCCUGAAUUUCUCUCUACAAAAUCUUGUUUUUUGAAUUUUCUUUCCCGAUGGCUCCAAAGAGAACAAAUUCCGGAACUCCUCCCUCCAAAAGACGAAGACUUCAGCGUCCUCCUCGACCAAUAACGGGAUGGUGUCGAUUUGUUCAGGAGUUCAUUUUUUCCAAAAAGUACGACCCCAACUCUUUCCGAGAAGCAGCAGCAUUGUGGAAAAAACUAUCAGAUGAGGACAAAAACCAGUACAAAAAUAAAUUUCCCGAAGAGAACACCGAGAGACUGAAGGCUAUCCAAAUGUGGCAACAACAAAACCGAAUUCUGCGUCGCCCACCUACUUGCUACGGACUAUUUGUCCGUCUAAUGUGGACAUGGGAGCGGUUAAGACUCCAGCGACUCUCCUUUAAAGACGCUGCCCAAUUCAUCGCCCUUCGUUGGAGAGAAUUCGACCCGAAGGAGAGAAUAAAAAUCGAGGAGAGAGCGAGAGAAUUGAUUCGACGCUAUAAUCGCCAAAUUAAGAAAGUAGGCGAUGGAAAACAGCUCUCUUCGCGAUGGUUCGAGAUGCCAAAAUUGGAUGUCAACUACAGCCCUCGAGAACAGCCCAUUGAUGAGCAAGUCACGGAAGACGAAGAUGACGAAGAUACUUUGGAUGUCGAAAACAUCGAGAUUAUAUUCGAGGAAGGGUACAUCUUCGCAGAUCAAGGCUGCUGCAUUCCUCAAAGGGAGUAAAAUUAGAAUUUUUUUCCAAAAUUAUGUGAUUUUAAGAUCAAAAUGUACAAAUACUUAAAUUUAAGGGUGUAAAA